AUGGGUAACGAAGGAAGUAUUGUAAAUCCCUAUCCAACAGCAUUUGGAUAUGUUGCUCCUGAUGAAUAUGCUCCAAUGAAUGGAUAUAGAUCUGAUAUUGGGGAUGAUUCCGUAGUUCAGCCAAUUUCUUCCUGUGCUGUCGUUCAUAAUCCAACUUUAUUAAAAGGAUGGGUCCAAGCUAUUUGGAGUUUGGUCAACCCUGUUGGAGAAAGUCCCUCUCCACGCGCAUCUCAUUUCUCUGUUUAUGAUCCUGAAAAAGAUCGGCUAUACAUUGGUUAUGGACUUGGAGUAGAAAAUCAACCAUUGAAUGAUGUUUGGGCAUUUGAUUUCAAACUUAACAGGUGGGCGCGCCUACCAGUACAUGGCGAAGAGAUCUCACCAAGAUCUGGUUGUCGUGCUGCAUUACUUGCUCAUUACAUUGUUGUUUUCGGAGGAUAUGCUGACAAGCAAUAUCUUUCUGAUUUUCAUAUUAUCAAUCUUGAAACUUUCGAAAUUAGUCGUCCGCAAUUUUCCGGCCCAAUACCAAUUCCUCGUACUGCACCACUUGUUGAAACAUUUGGAAAUAAAGUAUUCAUAUGGGGCGGAUACAACGGUGAUUAUAUUACAGAUCUUUCGAUUCUUGAUACAGCAGCAAAAUGUUGGACCAAUGCUGCCUUAGAUGUUAAAGGAAGAACAGGUUUUUCACAUGUUAGAAUCGGUAAUAAAUGCUAUAUUCAUGGCGGUUCACGUGAAGAAAAUGCCGAAAUGAUGAUUUUGAAUCUUGAAACUGGAGAAGUGGGAAGAAUUGAACCGCGUGGUAUUAAGGUUAAUACAAGAACAAUCAGUUCCUCUUUGGUUCAAGCUGGACCAGUUUUAAUUUUGAUCGGUGGAAGAUCCAAUGAGAAAUACUCGCACGUUUACGCUUUUCAUCUUGAAAGGCAAUACUGGAUGUUCUUCCAUAUCGCGCCAGAUGGAGAAACAGUUUCAACAGCAGAUGGAAAUGUUGAUGACAAUGGUCUAUUCCAAUUGCCCAGAAACGUUUCCACAUCACUUGUAUAUCAAGAAAACACGAGGACUAUCUACGGCUUUCUUGGUCAGCCGUUGAAAGAUCCUCCACCAAUUUUCAUGCUAAGCGUUGGACAGUCAAUUGCUGUCAUCAAUCAUCAAGAUGAUAUGCUUAAGAUGCUUAGCUUUAAUUAG